UUCAUAGACUUUCAUAACGUACUUUAUCGGGUCUUAUGCAACAGAACAUUUUGUAUAGUAUUGUGAAGUCAGUUAAGUUGUAACAUUAUUUUGAGACCAGAAUUUAAGGAAAAGGAAUUGAAUAUUUCAAGUGUAGACAUUACGAGGUCUUUAAAAUUAUUACACAUUUUCAAACUAGAAAUAAAAAGGCCACUGAAGUAUCCUACAGAUUUUAAUUUAUAACAAAGUGAAUACCAAUAUCUAAUAACACAAGUAAAGAAAAAUUUCUUUGGGAUCCUUUUUCCUAAGUGUAAAGGGGCCUUGAACUCAAAAAGUGAGAAAACCACUGUGGCUUAUCCCCAGCUUUGAUGGGUCCAUUUCUUGCUCUGACCUCACAGUGCACCACUGUUAUGAACUUCACAGAAGCCCUAUAGGAGCCCAGCUGGGACCAGGUUUUUGGUCCUUAGAGCCCAGGAAGCUGCUUUUGGUGACCUGACGGCCUUGGACCCACAGUUACCUUGUUUUUUCCUUGUUUCUGCCAUUUUGUUGAUUUUUUUUCCUCUUUACUCCUUUUUAUUUUUCUCUCUUCUUUGCCUUUUUCUCAUUUUUCUUUAUUUUUCUCUCUGUAUCAUUUCUUAGAGUUUUAAAUUUUUUCUUCUCAAUUUUUUGGUGUUUCUUUUCCAUUUCUUCUGCUUUGCUUUCUUCCUUUCUUCUUUUUCUCAUUUUUAUCUUAAUUUUAGUUAGUAUUGCUAGAUUAGUACAGUUCGCAUAGUCAGUAUUGUUGGUAUAGUUAGCAUAGUUGGUAUAGUUAAUACUUUAUUAGCAUAGUUAGUGUAGUUAGUAGUAGUUAGCGCUGUUGGCACAGUUAGCAUAGUUAGCGUUGUUAGUUAGGAUAGUUAGCAUUGCUAGUUAGUGCUGUCAGUCAGUGUAGUUAGGUCACAAGUAUGCAGGGCCUCACAGCCAACUGUGCUGACAAGGAGGCUCAUAUUGAUGAUUAUGAGAUCCUCCACACCAUUGGCGAAGGCAGCUUUGCUAAAGUGAAGCUGGCCCGGCACAUUCUGACCGGGAGACAGGUGGCUGUAAAGGUCAUUAAAAAGAGGCGUCGGAGCUUCUCAACUUUCCAGCAGCGACUUUUCCGGGAAGUGCACAGUAUGAAGGCUCUGAAUCACCCCAAUAUUGUAAAACUGCUGGGGGUGAUUGACACGGAGGAGACAAUGUUCUUAAUAAUGGAGUACCUCAGUGGUGGGGACAUGUACACCUACUUGAACAUACAUGGCCGUAUGACAGAGGCACAGGCCCGAGGCCCGUUCCAGCAGCUGGUCUCUGCUCUGCAACACUGCCACCAGAGGGGCAUCGUGCACCGGGACCUGAAGCCACCGAACCUCCUCUUUGAUGCCAACAUGAAUAUAAAACUCACAGACUUUGGCUUCAGCAACAAGUGUGAUGACAGCAGGAAACUGGACACGUUCUGCGGCACAGUCGCGUAUGCUGCCCCGGAACUCUUGCUGGGGCAGAGGUACAGCGGCCCUGCGGCGGACGUGUGGAGCCUGGGAGUAGUGUUCUACAACAUGGUAACUGGGUCCAGUCCCUUUGUGGGAAAAGACGUGCAGGAGCUGCGGAAGCAAAUCUUAAAAGGGCAAUAUCCCAUUCCAAAUUACCUGUCUGUGGAGAUAAGGAGUUUAUUACAAAAAAUGAUCUCCCUCAAGCCCAGUGACAGAGGCACCUUACCUGACCUCAUGAAGCACCCAUGGGUGAAUAUGGGCCAGAAGAAGCCACUCCAGCCACCCUGUGAAGAGGACCUGGAGGUGACAGUGAGGAGGAUUCUGGACUCGAUGUGGGACGAGAUCCAGGACGGAGGAGAAGGCAGUGUGAGCUCCAAGAAACCAAUGGUGGGGUCCUCCAUCAUAGCUGCAGGGCCCUUCUCCUCCGGGGACCUCAGUGGCAAUGAACUCGAGCCUUUUCCAAGCCCUGAGUUGUCCACCCUGGAAACCAGGCGGCUCCACCAGGGAGAAAAUAUGCAAGAGCAGGAAGACCAGCAGGCAGGGCAGAAGACCAGUGAGCCUGCCUGUCCCCCACCCAGCCUGGACUCAAGGACUGCCACCCCCAGCCCAGCCCACCAGUGUGGCCCUGGAGCAUACCCCUGCACCAGCAGCAGGACUGGAGCCCCAGCGGGAACCAGCUGCCCCCUGCAUGUGUCCAACACUGGAAGGUCCUCCCACGCUGCACAGCCUGAGAGUAUGUCCUCAUCCAUUCCCUUUGGCCACAGCCAGAAAAAGCAAGGGGUGGCUGGGACAGUCUGGAACUUUUUAAAAAGGCAUCUUGGUGGUUGUUGCCAGCUGCCCAGCAAGAGGCGUCGUAAUAAAGUGAGCCCAUCUGAACCCCAUGGGUGACCGAGGCAGGAAGGUCAGGCCGCCGCGCUCCCUGGGACCCGGUCCAGUGGAAGGUGACUGUGUUCUCUGCACGGCUUUCAGAAGCAUC